UAAAUUUGAAAAAGCAUGGCGGAUUGUCGUUCCCGUGCUGUGUGUAUUUUUAUUUUGACGUCUCUUUGUGAACUGUCUUUGUUUUAAAUCAGCGAUAUUUAUAGAAAACUGUGCACAUUUAAACAGUGAGUGUUGAUUAAAACCCACAAUGGGUUUACCAGACACCUGUAUCACUGAGGACAAGCUUCCUCAAUGCUGGUCUGACGAUGUGCGCAUGAAUGCACUUUUUGCACCUUUUCGUUUGAAAACUGCAAACCCUGAGUCUUGGGAUAUGAAGAUGAAGUUCUGGUCUGAUCUGCUGAGGCAGUAUUGCCGCUGGAAAAAGGACCCAGUGGUGUCUGCGGCAGAUUUGAAAUGCGCCUUUAUGAGGAAGGGUCGGACGCCCGCUUGCCUUGACAUUGUGGUGGAAGAAAUGUUCCGCAAUGGCGAGCUAGCACCCCUAACAAAGUACCAACAGAUCCUGCACAACGGGCCAGAAGGUUGGGUGCGCUGGGGUGCUCGCUUGGCAUUCAAGCCGGCAGCUCUGGCCCUGACGGCUGUCAGCUCACUUCUGCCGGCCCGGCAGGCUAUUGACAGUGAUGGGCUACCAAAGGCCAGCAUUGAUUCCACACAGAGAUUUGUAUGUGAAAGUGCUGUGAAGGAGCAAGCAACAGAACUUUUAGAGAACUUUCCCAAUGAUGCAGAGCGGAUAGGAACCGUAGAUGAGCUGAUGAAAAUCUGCAACUGGCAGCAGGGAAGAGACACUUUUGAGAUGCUGCUCGGGUACCUAGUGUCCCAGGGUGCCGCUGUCAAGAAAGAUGAAGUCAUCAAGCUGGCUGAGCCGAACAAGAAAGCGACGCCAGUAACGGAGACGGACGAGGCCCUGGUGCGCUUGGUGGCGGCCGAGGCGCGGCUGGAGGCCGAGGCCGGCAAGCUGAGUCGAGACGCCGCCGCCGCCGAAGGCGAGGCCAGGGCAGCUUUGCAGUUGGGCAACAGACUCGCUGCUAAAAACCACCUCCGCCGCAAGCACAAACUGCAACAACGCAUCGAGCACACCGACGGCGCGCUGCAGAAUGUGAAGCAGCUGUUGCAGCAGAUGCGGGAGGUGGACACCACCAGCGCCAUCGUGGACACCUACAAGGUGACAUCGCAGGCACUGAAGCGCGGCUUGAGAGAGGGAGGCCUCGAUGAGGACGCCGUGCACGAUACUAUGGACGAUCUUAAGGAGGUCAUGGAGCAAUACAAUGAAGUGGAGAAGGCCCUAGCAGGCUCCGCAGAAGACGUGGAUGCUGCGGAACUAGAGCAAGAGCUCAAGGAACUCUUGUCCGGCCCUGCAGCGCCCCCUGGCGGCGGCGAGAGGAGAGAAGUCCCCGUCCCGAAAACGCCGCAGGCCAAAAAGAGUCCCGAACCCGAUUUCGUGUUCGACGGCGAAGAGCGCGUGAUCGCGGAGCUGAACGAGCUGAGCGUCGAGGACGCGUCCCCCCGGGCGCCGCGGAGCAGGGUGCCGGUGCCGGUGGCCGAGGGCGGGGGAGCGGCGCCCGCAGGUAACGCCCCGAAACCCGAACGCAAAGCUUCGCCGAAGCCAUCUCAAAGCUGGUACCCACCCAGCACUGAGUGCCUCCGUCCUGACACCACUUGGAACAACAACCCAGACCGCAGUUACGACGAACUACGAUUGGAUGACAGAUUACACCCCGGUCAACCUUUCAACAUAGACUUCACUUUGCCCGCAAAACUAUACAGCUCAGACUUUCAAGUCCGGGACCACAAGCCCCACUCCGGAGUAUGGCUCUACAACAGUAGAGAUGACAACAGUAAUAACCUUAAUAACUCUUUCGGCUCUAGUACACAGUACACUAGCACGGACAGCCCGGGCGGGUUCCAGAUGGCGCCGGGCGGCGAGCGGCGCCGCUCGGCGGCCGCGCCCGCGCCCGCGCCGCCCGCCGGCUGGCCGCGCGGCGCGCGCGAGCCCGAGGAGGACGUGGCCGACAUCGAGCGCCGACUGCGCAACCUGCGCGGCUUCAACUUAUAAUGCCCGGACUAGUGCACGCCCGACAGGUAGGCUGGACUCGCUGAUGUACCUUUAAGUGGACGAGCGCCACUUGCACCCGGUCACACCUGGAGUUACCGUGGUUACCCGUACAAUGGGGCUACCCGGUAACCCCGGGUUAGUGGGGCAAGUGGCCCUUAGUGUUGAUUUUCUGCAAUAUAAUGCCCGAGUUAACCGAUUUUUAUUAUGUUGUCGUUUUUUUUUUUCGUCAAAUCUUGAUAAAAUUUGGUAUUCUGUACAUAAUAAGCGCAAUUCUUAAAAAUCUUUUUCUGAGUUACGAAAACGUACGGCAUUUUCGGAAUUUAUAUUUUCAUCACACUUGCUCGUAAACGGUGUUGUUGUAUGCCAGCAUUCUGAGUUGGAAUGAGCUAUAUUAUGCCCGUUCAUUAUUCCCAUGGGCAUAUCAUCUACCUACUCAAUUUACGCAAGGAACUGUAAAUGAGUUUUACUUUUAAAUUAUUUUUCGUGUAUGUUUGAAUUGAAAAUAUUUAAUUUAUUCGCAGUUUAAAAUAAGUUUACACAAUUUUCUAUCGUGACUGAAUGUCAGAUGCAUCUGUGCCUUCUACUCACAAGUGGGAUU